AGGAGGGUCAUCCGUCAUCCAUCGAAAGUCUUUUGGCUUCAACCCUUCCAACAACAACACCGGAACAAGUAUCAUACUACACCAAAACAAACAGAAAGACAAUGGUGAAGAAGAGAAAAGAUGUCCAUCGGGAGACGGGAAAGCAGAAUACAAACGAUGGACAUGCAGAGACAAAAACCUUCAUCCAAAGAUACGAUCCCCGUCGUUCCGUUUGGACUCCAAAGGGUCGAGAGGCAUUGAUUCUACUGAUUCUGGGCGGCAUCAUGGCAGUCUGUUAUCAUGUCGCUGCCCAUCGCGUACUACUCCCCACCACCAAGAACAAUCUUGACGACAACAAAGUUCCUGCAGCGCCAGCACUACCGAUAGUACAAACAGAUGACAACACGAAAAAGGAACGACCGGUAGUGCCAAAAUUGGGACAAUCCACUUUCAAAGACGGCCAGGCUCUGCAACGGUUCUUUCAACAGUACGCUACCAAAAACAAUAAUGAUGGAGCUGGAUUCAUCAACGUGGCCGAGCUAAAGAUGGACGAUAUCACGCAAUUACGCCAACUGGCCAAGGACAUUAUGAAUCGUGACAUGGAGUGCGGCAGUCCCACGGUCAAUAACAAGACAAUAGCCGACAAGAGCAAGACGGGACUGGAGUAUUGCUUUUGGCCCUCGAAAGAUUUGGUGUCACGAGAAGCACUCAAAAAUUUUCGUUUUGAACAAUUCGAUUGGAAUUGGGUCAUUACAUCCUUCCAAGAUCCCGUCGUCGUACGGCACCAACGGUGUUUGGCAUUUCUAGAUGCCGGAGUCAAUAUUGGAGAUUGGGCGUCUCCCAUUAUUGCCUCUCUUCCGAAUGUCACAUAUAUUGGAAUUGAGGGAUCUCCGCCCACGGCAUCGCUAGCGGCCGCCAAUAUGUUGACAUCGGUGCAAUAUCACAAACUGAAUAAUGCCAAACAAUAUAUCGCACCCGCCGUCGUGGUACCCUUUGCCGUCAUGGGCCACAACAACUUUCAAGCCGCCAAAACGGCCGGUGGGGUCUGCUUUUCCCAUGCCGACGGGGGGAACAACGGAGGACGAGAAGUCACCAAAACGACGCAAUGCAAACCCAACGCCGCGGCCGGGGCCAUUUACUUUCCCAGUAUGUUAAAAGACGUACGGACCCAAUUCCAGUCGGAUUGUUUUGGCAGUAGCAGUCCCUGGCCUGCCAUUUACAUUGCCAAAUUUGACAUUCAAGGAUUCGAAUUCCGAACCUUGGCCGGUGCCAUGGAAUACCUGGAACGCAAGCCACCCUGUUUUAUCCACUUGGAAAUCACCAAAUCGGCGCGACAAAACUACGCACUCUUUGAAUUACUGGUCGAUGUCGGAUACAAUGCCUUGUGGCGGAAUACCGAUAACUGGGCACAAUCCAUCUAUGAACAACCUCCCAAGGAUCCUCCCUAUUGGACCGCCUCCAAAAGUAUCGAGCCCUUGUGGAAAGUCUUUGAAAAGGAUUUUGAAAAUCGAAUGGAUUGGUUCUACAAAAACUACAUUUUUGGGUUUGAAGAUCGAGAAGCCUGUAUUCGACGAUUGUUGGCUUGAAAAAAGAAUGAUAAGAGAAAGAAAUGUUGGCGCUUAGUGUUGGUUGCAUGUAUGUGAGCUAGAUCUCUUCUUGUCUUCUGGGCUAGCUGGUUCGUUGUGUAAACUAGCAAUGGCCGCUUAUUAAUGGGGUAAUGGUGGAGUUGUAAUGACGCUCUUGCUGGGAAUUGUCUGCUGUACAUCAUGGAAAACUCUGAAGCCAGGGAAAGCUCUCUCUUGCAGUGCUGAUGAGUACAACUGUACCGCAGUUGCAUGCCACCACAGGCCACCAAAUCAGAACGUCCGCCUUGCCCACCAAAUCAGAAUGUCUACAUGCUCUCACAUGUGGCUCUAGCUAGGUAAUUGCAAGAGAAGGAAAACUAUGAAACUACAUACUAUCAUUUAACGAAACAGACAUGUCUCACA